AUGGCUGGUAGAAACGAUGCCGCGAUUGCUGCUGCUUUGGAGGGUGUGGCUCAAGUUUUGGCAAAUCAACCAAAUGCCGAUGAGAAUACUGGAUCUCGUAGUUUGGCGACCUUCCAGAGGGAGAAUCCGCCGGUCUUCAAAGGAAAGCAUGACCCUGAUGGCGCAUUGGAAUGGUUGAAGGAGAUUGAGAGGAUCUUCCGUGUGACGGAUUGCACUCCAGCGCAAAAGGUUCGUUAUGGUACUCACAUUCUAGCAGUCGAAGCUGAUGAUUGGUGGCUAGAGACUCGCCAAAGAUUGGAGGUGGCAGGUGAAGAGAUCACUUGGGUUGUGUUCCGCAGGGAAUUUCUGAGAAAGUAUUAUCCUGAAGAUGUUCGUGGUAAGAAAGAGAUUGAGUUUCUUGAGCUCAAACAGGGGAAUAUGUCAGUGACUGAAUAUGCUGCAAAGUUCACUGAGUUGGAUAAGUUCUACCCGUAUUAUGAUGGAGCAGGUGCUGAGUUUUCGAAGUGCAUCAAGUUUGAGAACGAAGAUAACAAUGCUCAUUACAAGGUUGUUACUGACAGGAGAGGCAAGAAUCAACAGAACCGUGGCAAACCAUAUGAUGCUCCAGCUGGUAAAGGUAAACAGAGAUUUACGCAGGGUCAGAGAUCUAGUGGGGGAGGUGCUCCUCCUAAUGUGAUUUGUUUCAAUUGCGGGAAACCUGGCCAUAAGAGUACUGCGUGUAACAUUGAGGUGAAGAAAUGUUUUCGUUGUGGUAAGAUGGGGCACGCUAUGUCAGAUUGUAAGCAUAAGGAAAUGGUUUGUUUUAACUGCGGUGAAGAAGGACACAUUGGAAGUCAGUGUUCGAAACCAAAGAAGGCACAAGCUGGUGGAAGAGUGUUUGCUUUGGCUGGAACUCAGACACCGAAUGAGGACAGACUUAUCAGAGGUACAUGUUUCAUGAAUAGUACUCCUUUAAUCAUUAUUAUUGAUACUGGUGCUACUCAUUGUUUUAUUGCUGCUGAUUGCGUUAAAAGAUUGGGUCUUGUGUUAUCUUCUAUGAAUGGUGAGAUGGUAGUUGAGGUUCCAGCUAAAGGAUCAGUGACUACUUCUCUAGUAUGUUUGAAGUGUCCUUUGUCGAUUUUCGAUAGGAACUUCGCUGUUGAUUUAGUUUGUUUGCCGUUAAGUGGGUUGGAUGUAAUUUUGGGGAUGAACUGGUUAGAGUAUAACUAUGUUCAUAUUAAUUGUUAUAACAAGACUGUGAGGUUUUCAACUGUUGAAGAGGAAGAAGCUGGGUUGGUGUCGCCUAAGCAGUUGCGACAGUUGAUGAAGGAAGAAGCUGAGAUGUUCUCAUUAAUGGCAACAUUGUCAAUUGAGAAUCAAGCUAUAAUUGAUGAGUUGCAGGUGGUGCGUGAGUUUCCUGAAGUUUUCCCUGAUGAGAUUCCUGAUGUACCUCCAGAAAGAGAGGUUGAAUUUGCAAUUGAUCUUGUACCUGGUACCAGACCUGUUGCUAUGGCACCAUACAGAAUGUCUGCAUCCGAGGUGGGAGCUCCAGUGCUCUUGGUAAAGAAGAAAGAUGGAAGUAUGAGGCUCUGUGUUGAUUACAGACAGCUGAAUAAAGUAACGAUUAAGAACAGGUAUCCGCUACCAAGAAUAGAUGAUUUGAUGGACCAAUUGGUGGGUGCCAGUGUAUUUAGCAAGAUUGAUCUGAGAUCGGGUUAUCAUCAGAUUAAAGUAAGAGAUGAAGAUAUUUAG